AUGAGCGGCAAGGCGGCGGUGCAGCGGGCGUUCAAGGCGAUCGACUGGGAGAAGCUGAGUCGCGUGGUGGUGAGCGAGGAGGGAAAGCGAGAGAUGGCGGCGCUCAAGCGCGCGCACGAUGAGGUGUCGCACACGCUCAACACGAAAUUUAACGAGAAGGUGGUGGAGAUUGACUGGGCGCUGUACCGCUCGAAGCUCAACCCCAAGAUUGUUGACAUGUUCGAGCAGUCCUACAAGAGCAUUGAGAUCCCGGACUAUGUGGACACGCUAACCCCCGAGUUUGAGAAGGAGCAUCAGCAGCUCGUGGCCAAGGCAGCUGAGGAGGAAGAGGCAUCGAAGCGUGAGGCAGCCCGUCUUAAAGCCGAGAUCGAGAAGAUCAGAGCACAGAAGGAUGCACUGAAGACCAUGACUGUGGAUGAGUAUCUGGCUAAGAAUCCAAAGCUGAAGGAGAAGUUUGACGACGAGAUUCGCAACCACAAUUGGGGCUACUGA